AUGUCAUACAAUAUAGAGGUUGCCAUUGAGACUCCCUCUCCUGCAUUGUCACCUCAGCCUCGAGCUAAUAGCUCGACAUAUAAAGUGGCUUAUCAAUAUAGAUCGUGCAUGCUUGUUCAAGUACACCUCCUUAGCCUUCCAGUCCCCCGGCUACUUCCUCUCUCCUCGCCGCUGACAUCUCUGCCACUCUCUAUCUCUCCCCACCCUCAGGACCCAAAAAAACCUUGGAAGGCGGUUCGUGGCGGUGCUGGUUCUGAUGUCAACAGUGAUUUGCUUAAAACCCGGAAACUGAAAAUUCCUCAUCAUGGGCAGCCUCUUGAUUCUAUGCAAUUCCCUGGCUCAGGAUCCAUGGUUAGUUUUGGAGGAACUUCUGGCCCAUACAAUUCAGCCAGUUUAACUGUUCAUCCUUUUGAUCAAGAAGAUAAUGAAUACAAGUACUUGGAUGAAUAUCUUAAUCGGCCAGAAAAGAAGAGGCGUCUAACGGUAGACCAAGUUGAGUUCCUCGAGAGGAGCUUUGAGGCAGAGAAUACACUCGAUCAAGAAAGGAAAAUUCAGCUUGCCAAGGAGCUCGGUUUGCAGCCCCGACAGAUUGGUAUAUGGUUCCAAAAUCGCCGGGCACGAUGGAAGACUAAACAGCUGGAAAUAGAUUAUGAGACAUUAGAAGCGAGCUAUAACCGCCUGAAAACAGACUACGAUAAUCUUCACAAGGAGAAUGAGAAACUAAAAGCUGAGGUUCUUGUCCUCGCGGACAAUAUUCUUGUUAGAGAUCAAGGGGACGGAAACUCACCAUCAAGUGAUAACCAAAAACCGCCUGAAGGAUCACGCAAAGAAGCCAUUGCUGAUACAAUUUCUGAAGACGAAGAAUCCAAAGUGCCAAGGGUGGCCUUAAAGAGUGAAGAUAUAAGCUCAGCCAGAAGUGAUGAAAUAGAUAGCCCCCAUAUUCCUGAUGCAAUUCACUCUUCGUACAGUUUCGAGCCUGAUCAUUCGGAUUUAUCUCAGAGUGAAGAUAACUGGAAUGAGGAAUUACUUCGACCUGCUUACACAUCUUCAGAGAUUGGUGUUGCUGAUUAUCCUGGCGUGUGUGCAAAUUCUUAUUACUUUGGAUUUCCAGUUGAAGAUCAAGCCUUUGGUUUCUGGUCAUAUUGA